AUGGUAAUUAAACGAAAACGCAAUUCGAAUCCGACCGUACCAGUUUCGGCGCCAGAGGUUAAGUCGGAGGAGACUACAGCACCUAGUCCUACAAAUUCUAGUAAGGUUGAGCGUCGAGGACGUCCACGAAAAUUCUCAGAAUCAGAAGAACCUCCAAAUGAAAAACCAUCUAAAUCAUCUCGUACGGGUGAAACAUUGAAGAUAAUUUCUUUCAAUCCAAAAGGCAUCGGGACUUCAAAUAAAGGAAAAGAAAAAGACGUUGAGUCUGUACAUUCAGAACUCACUUCAGAUGAGCAGCAGGCUGAAAGUUUUAUCACUACUGGGCAAGAAGCUUUGACAUCAUCUCCUACAUCUCAACAAUCAACGCAACAAACUUUAUUACAAGAUUCGUCAACCUUAUCAGGUAAUGAUACAGAAAAAUCUAAAAGUACUCGCCCUCGUAGAUGGACACGAAGAAAAGUAGUAAUAAAAACCACCGGUGCUGAAAUUGCUAUACCUGUUUGGUAUUCUAGUAAGUAUAUAAAUUAG